UUAACUAACACCAUGAAAAUCUUUAUAUAAGUCCAGAUUAAUUAAGCCAGGUUCUUGAGUCUUCUUUUCUUUUUUCCAUCAGAAGAGAAAGAUAGAUAUGAUGGAUUUAAUCAAUUUGUUGCCGGAAAAUUGUAUAGCUCAUAUCCUAUCCUUCACAACUCCUCGAGACAUUUGUCGUUCGUCGCUGAUUUCUCCGAUCUUUCGAUUAGCCGGUGAAUCAAACGUGGUAUGGGAGAAGUUCUUGCCAUCAGAUUACAGAGAUAUUGUCUCUAGAUUGUGUUCUCCGGUCGCAUCAUAUUCUUCGAUCAAAGAACUGUAUUUUCAUCUUUGUAAUCCAGCAAGAAUCGAUGAGGGCAAAAUGACGUUUUCAUUAGAGAAAUCCAGCGGGAAAAAAUGUUACAUGAUUAGUGCAAGGGAGCUUUUAAUCACUUGGGGUAAUGAGCCUAUGUACUGGACAUGGAAAUCCAUCCCUCAAUCUCGAUUUUCAGAGGUGGUUGAGCUGAGAACUAUAUGUUGGCUAGAGAUACACGGAAAAUUCAGUAGGAAAAUGUUGUCCGCAGAGACGAAUUACACGGCAUAUCUCAUUUUAAAAGUUACCGAAAGGGCGUACGGUCUAGAUACAUUACCAUCAGAGACAUCAGUCGAAGUUGGGGACCAGCGGUCAAGUUUCUCCGCAUACUUGUGUCACUGUGACACUAACAAAAAGUCGCCGGAUAAGCUUUGUUUCUUGCAUCGGUUUGAACUGUUGAGCGGCCAAGUCGUCGGUGAGGAGCAUCGAGUUCCGUGUUGUAGAGACGAUGGGUGGAUGGAGAUUGAAUUGGGCAAGUUUUUUAGCCAUGGAGGAGGAGGAGGAUGUGAUUGUGGUGGUAAUGGGGAUGGAGAUGAGGUAAAGAUGAGUCUCUUGGAGGUGAAUGGGUAUCACCUAAAAGGAGGACUUGUUAUUGAGGGAAUUGAAAUCAGGCCUAAAUAUUGAGUAAAAAGCAGCAAAGAAGUUGAUGUUUUUAUUAUGCUUGCAGGACAGUAUAACAAGUCCUACCAUUAAACAGAGUUUCUCCGAACAAGCCUACCAUCCGGUCUGGUCUGCAAAAGAUGAAGUCAAGAUUGCGUUUUUUUUUUUUUAUUUUGGCACAAAUAUAUCUCUUGGACCAGAUGGCGUUGCUGCAGAUAUUUUUAAAUGCGCAUGGGGUGUUGUCAAGUCCGACCCAGUGACCAACCUUACUUUAAUGUAAUGGUGCAGUUUUCCUUCGUGCAAACUUCUAAGUCUAAAUGGAGCUAAACUUAUAAGUCUAAUUGGAGGUUGCUGCAACGUUAUCUCUAAGGUUCUAACCGAAAGAACUGAUGAAGGGAGUUACAACUUCACUUUUAUAUGAUUUUCAAGGGUAUUUAUUCAUGGUAGAUAAAUAAAUGACGAUUCUUUUACUCUUGCGGAACUUAUAGAUUCAAGAAAAAGAGAUGAGAAAAAUAAGAUUUUAUACAAGUUAAACUUUGAAAAGGUUUUUGAUAACGUUAAUUGUGAUCGAAUUGACAUUGCUUUUUCCUAGAGAAGUUAAAUUAAAUGGGGCAUUUCUAAUGCAAGGUUUGUCAUAUUUCUUAAAGAGGAAGCCUUUUCAAAAUUGUUAAAAAAGGAUUAAGCGGAGUGAUCUUAUAUUUCCUUUUAUGUUUAUCCUAGUGUCUGUCUGUAAUGUUUAAAAUACUUCUUCUAUAUAUUUGGUUUUCAGUUUUAAA